CAAAAUUUAUACGAGGAUGGUUUAUAGUAAUGUUACUGGUGACAGUGGUGGGCAAUGUGAUCUUUUUGGUAGGAAUGUUUGCCUACAGUAAUCAGACAGACCAAGACCUAGAUGCUUCUCAAAGCAUAAAACUUGAAACGCCACUGCUUGGAAAGGAUUCUUUUAACUUUGUGCCUGAUAGAAGUCUGACAAAGCAUGGUUUUCAGCGUAUGAACAAAACAAAAGGGAUUAAACGCAAAGCUUCAAAUAAUACCAUUGUUGAGGAGCAUGACAGGGUUUUGCAAGAAAAAGCUCUAAGAAAAUUCCAAGGAAGCAGCACAAAUGCAACACGCAGAGAGCAACAGCUUGAAGGGAACAAUAAAAAUGGUCCAAAUGGAUCACAAGUGCUUGCUGAUGAGAAAGAGUUCAAUGUGGGAGAUGCCAUUAUUGAAGGAGUUAAAGAAAGUGUGCCCCUUGCUGAUGAGAAAGAGUUAAAUGUGGGAGAUGCCAUUAUUGAAGGAGUUAAAGAAAGUGUGCCCCUUGCUGAUGAGAAAGAGUUAAAUGUGGGAGAUGCCAUUAUUGAAGGAGUUAAAGAAAGUGUGCCGCUUGCUGAUGAGAAAGACUUAAAUGUGGGAGAUGCCAUUAUUAAAGGAGUUAAAGAAAGUGUGCCCCUUGCUGAUGAGAAAGACUUAAAUGUGGGAGAUGCCACUAUUGAAGGAGUUAAAGAAAGUGUGCCCCUUGCUGAUAACACUCAACAGAAGUUAAACCAGCCAGUAAAAUUUACAAUAAGUGAACAAGCACAAUAUCAAAGUGGAAGGAAGAAAAAUCAUAAUAAGAAUAAAGAGAUAAUAGUUUUUCAUGAAGCAGAACAGUUACACGCCAUCUCAAAAGAUCACAAUAAACAAAUAGGAAAUUUACAAGGGAACAAUAAAGAAAUGGAACGAAUUGUAAUGCAAUCGAAACAAUCAAAGGUUAAGGCAGAUAAGGACACUAACACCAUUAAAGAUAUAGAACAGAAAGACCAGCCAGUGUGGCACUAUAUGACAAUUGAUCCUCCGAAAGGAGGGCUGGGUAACCAAGUGUUCCAACUGGCAGCGCUGGUAGGACUUGCUAAACGGCACAACUACUCCGCCUUCCUGCCUAUGGUGGGAUUUAACAUCAACGAAGCUUUCAUGCUUCCCAGGGAUUUCUACAAGCCCAUCAGCCUGCACACGUUCAGACCAGUGCACAACUACAACCCUCAGAACGAAGAGCUUGAAAAUACCAAGUACAAAUAUCUGGAGACCCUAGACAAUAGAGGUAACUGGUCACUGAAUGGGUACUUUCAAAGCUAUCGCUAUUUCUGGGACGCCAGGGAGGAGGUCAGGGCCAUGUUGAAGUUAAAGAAGAGAGACAUUAAUAAGGCAGACCUCUUUCUGAAAGAGGUUCCCCCGGACCAUAAAAAAGUAGGCAUUCAUGUCCGGAGGGGAGAUUUUCUUACACUUGAACAGACAAGGCUUGGAAGAGUGGCAGCUUCACAAGUAUACUUGUCCACAGCAGUAACUUACUUUAUACAGAAAUUUGGCGGAAAAGUCACCUUUGUAGUUAUAUCAGAUGACAUUUCAUGGUGUCGAUACAACAUCAAUCGAGGAAACCUGCUCUUCAGCAACUUUGGGGAGACAGGCACAGACUUAGCAUUGAUGUCAAAGUGCGAUCACGCGAUCAUAACUGUGGGAACGUUCAGUUGGUGGAGUGGCUUUCUGACAGGGGGUAUCGUUAUUUAUUAUGAUGAGUACCCAAGAAGGGGCAGUGAGCUGUACGAUGUAUUUGUGAAAGAGGAUUAUUAUCCAAAGGAGUGGAUCGGAAUGAAUGAGCUUAACAGAAUACCAUAAGAUUGUCAUUAAUGAUUUUGCGGAUUUAAACAUAUUAUGUUUGUUUUGGAAAUAUGGGACAAUUUUUUAUAAAAUUUGUAAGUAGUUGAACAUGGAACCUUGUCAUUUGUCAAAGCACCAUUUUGUCCAAGAUUCAAUGCACUCUCAACAUAUUGUUUACAUUCAGCAAACAGUGUUUUAGGAGCAACCUAGUUUUCAAUAUUAAUUUUACUAUGGUACGCCC